UGUUUUUAUCGCUGUGAACGUCUGCCUCUCUCGUUUACCAUUGAUUCUAUACUUUAAUUUGCCAUCAAUUCUGCGUUGAAGUUAUAGUACUACACGUCUAGCGCGGGUUUCGCACAUCCACACAUCUAUCCGGAAUUUCUCAUCCAUCGCUCUGGCUCUCUUGACUCCACUCCUCAAGUCCCAUUAUCUGGGUCGCAGAGAUCCAACACUCAAACGAAUAGUCCACCGUCUCCCACAGGAUCAGGACCCUAGAAUCAACCCAUCUCCUCAUUCUUCUUCGCUCCCGGUCUUCUCCCUCUCUUCCCUUACAAUUCGGACACCCAAUCCAUCCCAAUCCAACGGGUAAAGGAAAAAAGAACCUCCAAAAGACAGAAAAAAAAUGAAAGCCCAUUUCACCACCCUCCCACACCCCCUCCUCACCCUCCUCACCCUCCUCACCACCCCCCUCCAAGCCCUAACCUUCGCCUCCGCCUCCCCGGCGCCCCUCCCCCUCGUCCCAGACGCCUACGUCCACCUCAUCCCGCGCCACACCCUCUUCCUGCGCCAACUCCCGGCCUCUUCCUCAAGUAAUCUCCAAACCUUCACAUCCAACGUCGGCGGCUUCGGCCUCGCGCCGCCCAUCACCGACAGCGGGGAUCCCGAGAGGCCGUUCGAGGUCGAGGGCGACACGUUUACGACUUUCGAGGCUGCGGCGCAGAGGAGUUGCGAUAGGCAGUUUGGGGUUUGUGCGGAAGGGGCGAAUGCGGAUGGGGGUGGGGGCGUGAGUGUCGGGGAGUGUGAUGGGCAGAAAGACGAGUGCAACCGCGCCCAAGACGCCGCACCAAUCAAGGACUUCCAAUCCGCCGGCGGUGGUGGCCAGCAGCAGCAACAACAAGCCGUCGUGAGCGAGAACAUAGGACCGGAUCCAGAGUUCCCGGACUUUGACCUCAUUUGCGAGGCGUGAGGGGGCUUAGCCUUUGCUUGAGUAUGCGCGGAGGAGGACGAAGAGGAGGGAGGGGAGGACUUCGUUUCGUACGGGUAGGAGUGGAGCGUUGUGGUGUAAUCCACGGAUAGGAAGGAUACUUAAAGUUCGAAAACUGCUAGGAGAAGAGUUGCGUACUUAGCUAGGAUUUCGGAAAGCGUUC